AUGGCAGAGGUUUUGGACAAUGAGCUACCAGAAAAGCUCAGUCAUAAUCACCAACUAUAUCUGAGUGCUUCGGAUACUUCCGGAGUGAUGUUAAUCUCUAUUCAGUUGACCGGAUCUGAAAACUAUUCGGUUUGGAGUCGUUCAAUGCGAAUCGCUAUACUUGGACGCAUAUCGAAAGAGUUACUAAGUGGAAUCGUAUAUUCUUCUGAUGCAAGCUCUGUGUGGAAUGAUCUGAAGGAGCGCUUUGAUAAGGUCGAUGGAUCGAGGAUCUUCCAGCUGCACAGAGAAAUUGCAACCACAACUCAAGGCACGAGUAGCAUUUCUGAGUAUUUUACUAAGCUGCGUUUGCUGUGGGCUGAGUUUGACAGCCUAGCCCCCUUUCCUGGAUGUGAUUGCAAGAAAUCGCAUGAUUUUGAGGAGUUUAUGAAGAGACAAAAAUUGCUGCAAUUUUUAAUGGGACUGAAUGAAUCGUAUGAACAAUCUCGAGGUCAGAUUUUAAUGUUAGUCCCACUUCCAUCAGGUCACCUAAAAGUGGAUUGCUACAAAUUGCAUGGCUAUCCUCCAGAUUACAAAUUUAGAAGAAAACCAAAUGGUCCCAAUUCCAUUCACACACGUGAUGGAGAUAUUAGAAACAAUGGCUACCAAGUGAUGAGAGAUGAAACUAGAGGAAGAGUAUACAAUGUGAAGGAAGAAGCUCCCAAAUUGCCUGGGGAAUCAGAGAGAAAAUGCCUGAUAAUGAGGCUUACAGAAGAACAGUCGUACCUCAUGAUUCUGAGGGACCUCUCAAGUGGGAAGGUGUUGGAGAUUGGUAGAGAGAAGGAAGGCCUUUAUUUGUUGAAGCACAGGAUAAGAAAACCACAAGACAAGCAACAAUUGCUAAGAGGGUUGAUUGCUACAAAGAAUAACAUAGACAUCAUGUUAUGGCACAGAAGAAUGGGUCAUGCCUCUGUUGGUGCAAUACAGAAGCUCCUGGAUAUUGAUCAUGAUGAUUACAAACAAACUUUAGACAAAUGUGAAUUGUGUCCUCUUGCUAAACAUACUAGAAUGUCUUUUCCUGUUAGUAACACUAAGUCUUCUACUGUUUUUGAUUUGAUGCAUUUGGAUUUGUGGGGUCCUUUUCAUGUUCAAACUGUUGAUGGAUAUAGGUUGUUUUUGACCAUUGUUGAUGAUCAUUCACGUAUGACCUGGAUAUAUUUGCUCAAACUUAAAAGUGAUGUUGUAGUAGUACUUCGAAAUUUUAUACAACUGAUUCAAACUCAGUUCAAUAAAACCAUUAAAGUGUUCAGGUCAGACAAUGGAUCUGAGUUUGUCAAUUCAGAAUGUAUGCAGCUGCUUCUGGACAAUGGGAUAAUGCAUCAAAGAAGUUGUGUCUAUACCCCUCAACAGAAUGGAGUAGUUGAAAGAAAACAUAGAUACAUUUUGGAAUUGGCCAGAGCAAUCAGAUUUCAAGGAGCUUUUCCUUUGAAGUUUUGGGGAUAUUGUGUUUUAGGGGCUGUUUAUAUGAUAAAUAGAUUGCCCUCAGUUGCCUUGAAGGGGAGAACACCUUUUGAGGUAUUUCAUGGUCACAGAUGUUCUCUUAAUCACCUCAGAACUUUAGGUUGUUUAUGCUAUGCCAAGAAGCUGCCAUCAGGUCAUAAAUUUGACCCAAGAGCUGUGCCUGCAGUACACAUGGGAUAUUCUUCAUUGACUAAAGGCUAUAUAUUAUACAGUCUGGUCACUCAUUCUUUUUUCUUAUCUAGAGAUGUACUCUUCAAAGAAGAUAUUUUUCCAUUUAGGACAGAGACACACACUAGUCCUAUCUUCCUAAGUCCUUCUACAGAUCCCUUUAUAUCUGAGCCACAGGCCAUUCUCCCUGCUGAGGUAUUUUCUGACCCUGUCCCCUUGAAUGAUCUUUCUGCUGAUGAAGUUCCUAUUAGUGCAGUUCCUGCUGCCCCUGCUUCUUCCAUUGAUGUACCAACUAUUAGAACUUUUUCCAGACAAAGAAAGCAGCCUACUUGGAUGACAGAUUAUGUUUCCAACAAUGUUGCAGCAAGAACUCCAUAUCCCCUUUCUCAUGUGAUGAGCCAUGCCAAUCUCUCUCCUUCUUAUCAGCAGUAUCUAACUGCCUUUUCUUGUAUUACAGAACCAAAAUCCUAUCAUGAAGCUUGCUCAAAUCCUCAUUGGAUUCAAGCUAUGAAAGAAGAAAUUCAGGCCCUUGAAGAUAAUCAUACUUGGAAGCUAGUUUCACUACCUCCAGGUAAGCAUCCCAUUGGCUGCAGAUGGGUUUACAAAGUGAAAUUCAGAGCUGAUGGUCAAAUUGAAAGAUAUAAGGCCAGAUUGAUUGCAAAAGGCUAUAAUCAAAGGGAGGGACUUGACUACCUAGAGACUUUUUCUCCUGUCGUGAAGAUGGUCACAGUAAGGAGCAUGAAGGGAAUAUUAAUGAACCAAAGGAAGUAUGCCUUGGAAAUGAUUGAAGAAGUGGGUCUAACUGGAGCUAAACCAUCAUGGACACCACUGGAUAUCAAUAUUAAGUUGACAACUACAGAAGUGGAUGAAGCAGCAGGAAUAACAAAUGAUCCAAUAUUGGAGGACAUCAGACCAUAUCAGAGAUUGAUUGGAAGGUUACUAUACUUGACAUUAACCAGGCCAGAUAUUUGUUUUGCAGUUCAAACCUUGAGCCAAUUUUUGCAGAAGCCAAAAAGAUCCCAUAUGGAAGCAGCAUUGAAGAUAGUGAGAUACAUAAAGAGAAAUCCUGCCCUGGGAAUAUUGAUUAGUAGCAGAAAUGAGAACAAACUGACAGGAUAUUGUGAUGCGGAUUGGGCAUCGUGCCCAAAUACUAGAAGAUCAGUUACAAGAUAUUUGAUCAAACAUGGUGGAUCCUUGAUUUCUUGGAAGUCAAAGAAGCAAACAACCAUCUCAAGAAGUUCAGCAGAAUCAGAGUACAGGAGCAUGGCUUCUACUGUUUCUGAAAUAAUAUGGAUUGUUGGAUUAUAUAAAGAGCUAGGUGAAGAAUUGGAAAUGCUAGUGGAGCUCUUUUGCGACAGUAAAGCAGCAUUGCAGAUAGCGGCAAAUCCGGUAUAUCAUGAGAGAACGAAACAUAUAGAAAUAGACUGCCAUUUCAUUAGAGAGAAGAUCCAAAAGGGCCUAAUUAAGCCUUUGUUUUUGGGUACGCAUGAACAACAGGCAGAUAUAAUGACAAAAGGGCUGCACAGAUCACAACAUGAAUAUCUUGUUUCCAAGCUGGGGGAAACAACAAUGGCAGUGCCAGAUCAAAUAGAUGCAGCAAUGAAUUACAUAGAAAGCUUGAAAAUGAAUUUGAAGAACAAGAAGCACUUGGAAGAAUUGAAAAUGGGCCUAAAGAGGGCCCAAUCACUCAAUCCAACUAAUGAGCCCGGCCCAAGUACUAAGUGA